AUGCCUACGGAAUCUGGACAGAUGACCGCUAUGGUAAUCGCAAGCUGUCCGUCUGGCUCGUACCACGGAAAAGAACUCAACAUGACGAUUUUGGUAUUCGCAUCGAACUUCGAAGAUUCCUGGUCUUGUCCGACUCCUGAGGCCUUGAGGCCUCAGUGCGAUGAUCGAUACCUCGGCAUUUUGGAGUCGAGACAAAAUACAAGUGACGGGUGCAACUGUAGUAGCUAUAUUUUCUACAUGCCUCGCGAAAUUUUGGCAUCGUGGCCAGAGACUCCUGACCUUCUGGAUAUGCUGGCUUCUGUCGCCGUCAGCGCUGAAAGAGCGAUGCCCGUUAAAGUAGAAAGCGAAGCUGCGCAAUUUGUAACAUCAGGAGGUCGAGCACGUAUACCGUCAAUACGCACCAUUCCUGCUGAACUCUUGCUGGAAAUUUUCAAGUUCAUUCCUACCGAUUAUUUUUUGGUUUAUCUUAACGAAGACUCCCGUCUUAAAUUGGCGCGCCGCAAACAGGCCUAG